AUGGAGCGCGCGGCGGCCUACGGCUUCUCGGCCGCCAUGAGCGGCGCUUUCCUGCUCUCGUGCCUGCUCUUCGCGGCGCUCAACCGCCGCCAGCGCGCGCCCUACAUGGACGAGGCCUUCCACGUCCCGCAGGCGCAGGCCUACUGCGAGGGCCGCUUCCAGCAGUGGGACCCCAUGAUCACGACGCUGCCCGGCCUGUACCUGGUCUCGGUGGGAGUCGCCAAGCCCGCGGCGUGGCUCUUCGGCUGGACCGGCAGCAUCGCGUGCUCCACCGGCAUGCUCAGGUUUAUUAACCUCCUCUUCAGCGUUGGAAACUUCUAUUUGCUCUACUUGCUGUUGUCCAAGGUGCAUGCGAAAAAUAAGGCCGUGUCUGGUUUCCAGAGAAUCUUGUCUACAUUAACUCUUGCAGCAUUUCCCACACUUUAUUUUUUUACAUUCCUUUAUUAUACAGACCCAGGAUCAGUAUUUUUUACUCUCUUUUCAUAUUUAAUGUGCCUUUAUGGUAACCAUAAAACUUCAGCUCUGCUUGGAUUUUGUGGCUUCAUGUUUCGUCAGACAAAUAUUGUAUGGACAGUUUUUUGUGCAGGAAACGUUGUUGCAGAAAAGCUAAAUGAAGCCUGGAAGACAGAGCUACUGAAAAAGAAAGAUGAAAAGAUUUCCUCCAUGAAAGGAUCAUUUUCAGAUCUGAUCAGAAUACUACAGUUUCUUAUUGAAUAUCUCGUAUCACCUCAAAACUUGAUUAUGCUUAUUGCUUUAACUUGGCCAUACGUCAUAUUAGUAGUUGUGUUCUUUGCUUUUGUCUUCAUCAAUGGCGGAAUAGUUGUUGGUGACAGAAGUAGCCAUGAAGCCUGUUUGCACUUUCCUCAGCUGUUUUAUUUUCUGUCAUUUACUCUCUUUUUUUCCUUCCCCCAUUUAUUGACCCUUACCAAAAUCAGGAAAUUCCUUCUGACCUUACGGAAGCACCCUAUGCAGUACAGCUUAAUUGCUGUCAUCUCUUUAUUCCUGAUCUGGAAAUUUACCUAUGUUCAUAAGUAUUUACUAGCAGAUAACAGACAUUAUACAUUCUAUGUCUGGAGAAAAGUCUUCCAAAGACAUGAGCUUGUAAAAUACCUGUUAGUUCCAGUCUAUAUAUUUGCUGGCUGGAGUUUUGCUGAUACCUUGAAAUCAAAAUCAAUAUUCUGGAUUUUAGUGUAUUUUGUAUGUUUAUUUGCUGUUACAGUUCCUCAAAAGUUGCUAGAAUUUCGUUACUUUAUUUUGCCGUACUUAAUAUAUAGGCUCAAUAUUCCAUUUCCAUCUCUUUAUAGACAACUUCUUGAGCUGGCUUUUUAUAUUUUUGUGAAUGUAACAACUUUUUAUCUUUUUCUAAACAAAACAUUCCAAUGGCCAAAUAGUGAAGAAGUGCAGAGGUUUAUGUGGUGAUUUUCUUUUGGUACCUUUGUACCCUUAGGAAAACCCGGUUCUAUUUCAGGACUAUAGACCCUGGAAUAAAGUAGUGUGCAUUACAUUAUAUAUAUACAUUUUUUUUCCACAGUGGGAAUCAGGAAAGGAAAUCAGUUGGUUGCUUAUAUUCUUGGCACUGAAUGUGAGAUCUAAUAUGUGAAGAUAUUAGAUUUAUUAAAUUUAUGUGGUCCUGGAUUAAAUUCAGAACUAGGGAAAUUUCAGAAAACCUUUUUGUAACUAAUGUGAAGUGAGGGAGAUGUUUACAACCAUAUUUCAUGAUAAUAAUAUAUUCUAUAACAUACUUUUGAAGGUAUGGCAGUUUAUAAGUAUGUUUUGGAGGUUUGCUUCAAAAUAAAGUAUUUAAGUGUUUAACCUUUUCAUUACCUCUGGGUGCAUAUUUACUCCUCAGCAUAGGCCAUUUCCAUCUAUGUCUGCUAAAGGUCAAGGUAAGAAACCCUACUGAAGUGUAACGUUUUCAAAAACACCUGCAUCCCAAUGAAUUUUCAUGAGUUGUUGGUCAGUAAAUGCAUACAUUAGUUUUGCAAACAGAAUGUAGGCUCUUAAAUCAUUAGGACAUUUUGAAAAUUUUAUUUCAAACUGAUAUUUAGAAAACAGAGUGAAGACUAUGUGCAUGUUCCUUCCUUUGGGGGAAUAAACAUUAUUGUACAACAAAGGAUAAAUUGCGGUUGAUAAUGUGACCUAUUAGAAGGGGAGUAAUUUAUGUGAGCCAGGCUGAAACAUGUCAUUACAUGGUGGAAUGCAGUAUAAUGAAAACCCUUUUAAAUAAUAAGGCUUUUAUGUCUUGAGGUUCUGUGUUCACAGGUUUGUAUUGAAGCAGGAUGUGAGUGCACUCCAAAGUUGAACUGAGUAUUUCUAAGAUCUUUGACAUGUAAUCUUAAAAAAAAAUACUAAUGGCAUUACUGAAUUGUUCUUUUAAAUAUUUUUCAUAUAUGCACACAUCUAAUGGAACUAGGCAGUAUAUAUUUCUUUUUACAAAGGUAAAAAUACAAUGUAUAUGAUUUUUUAAAAACAUCUAGUGCAUUAUUUUCAGAAGGAAAGAACGGUUCCCUUCAGUAAAUGACUUUAAUUAGACUUGAAAAUAUUUGAUCACUUCUAGUUAACUAUUGAGCAGUUUUAUAAAUAUAACUGAAUUAUGUGUGUGUGGCGGGGGGGGAGCCCAAAACCUCACGAACUAUGUAGUGUCUCAAAGUUUUUUCUUCUUCCAUAAUGGAAAUAUUGCAGUCAGACCUAUGCAAACAUGUCAUAUUAAUGCCAUUCCUGUCAUUCUGAAGUGGAAUUGUUUUUCAGGAGGUUCCUGCCAUGGAGUUACCUACCCAGAACGGUACCAGUACAUUUUCUUUACAGUAUGCAGAUCAGUGUCCGCUGGCUCAGCACCCUUCCCUGUGCUAACACUGUGAGGUGUGUGCUUGGCUCAGAUUCUCCUGUCCACUGUCUGUACAACCAUGUUUUCUGUGAUUUUAGAGGGACAAAUUUUGUGGGGUAAUCUUGCAUGCUUUCUGCUUCCAACUUUGUUUUUGUAUACCAUUCAGGUAAAACAAAAGCAAGAUAAAUAUGCACAUGCACAUUUUAGUACAAUUUUAUAUGUGCACUCAAAUUUUUGUAUUGCACAAAUUGGAAUGGCAACAUGGGAUUCAGGUGGGGGUUCUGGUUGGAAUCCUGAAUUGUUUUCUAGAUCUCCCCCCCCCCCCCCCCCCCCCGAAUUUGUAGAGGAGCAAGUGUUCCCGUAAUAAGAUGCAAAAAUUCCUGUGCUUAUACAGUCCACAGGCAUUUUGUUUUGUCCAGGACGUCUGUUGAUAUUGGUAUCUGAAUGCCUUAGAUUAUCUACAUUGUUAAGAAAAUGACAGUAUUUGUGCUUUGUCCUUAUUCUUAACUGAGAUGGCAACUGUGUUUCAAGUAAAAAGAACCGAGUUUAAAUAUAUACUAUUUUAAUGCAAUUGUGCAAUUCUCUUGUAAAGAAAAGUGACUGCAAGACAGAAAUCGCCCAAAAUUUAGCGCAGAAAACCUUUCCAAAGAGCCCCGUGUCACAAGAUGGUAGAAAAAUUACAUGUAGAGAGGUGUCUGUGAAGUUUUUUAAAGUAAGGAAGAUUAUUAGCUGGCAGAAUAUUUUAGCAUGGGAAUUAUCAGUGUAAUGAUUUAUUUUGAUAUAACAGUACUGUUUCUCUCAAUUUAUUUUGCUAAUUUAAAAACAGAGUUGAGAUAUGUUUUCACUAAAGAAGAAAGUCAAUGAAUUAUUAAAACAUGAAAAGAGAGAGUUAUUUUUAGUGUAAAGCUGUAAAGCUGUAUUUUUACUUUUGCUGAUGAACCAGAGGGACUUUUUGGUAAUAUUCAAUGUUAUCCUAAAUAGAGGAGUUUAAAAAAAAAAAAAAAAAAAAAAAAAAGAGAUGAAACAUAAUUUAGCCUGAUUCUGUUUCAGACAUGAAAAUAGUUGUAAUUAUGUCAUAAUUAGUCAUAAAGAAAGGUCUCAAAAUGUCAUCAAUCUCUUUUAAGAAUUUGGCAAAUAGCAGCAGCAAUGACAUUGUUUAAAUCUAGAUAUAAGAAUUAGUUAAAAAUACUUCAUAAUCUUGGAGAGUGUCUCUUAUGGAAAAUUAGUCUUAGUAUAUUGCUCCUGGAAUAUUUCCACUGUAGUUGUUUGUAAUAGCAAAUACUUAUUAACUAUUCCUCUUGAAGACGUGCAAAAGGGACUACAUUUGUCUUGGUUUAUGUUGUCAAAGGUCUUUUCUGUUGUCAGAGGUUUUUUCUAGUUUCAGUAGAACCCUGAUCACUUACUUUAGGUUAACGCCUCAGCUGGGGUAAUUUGGCAUGGAAAUUACUUACAGAAGCAUUAAAAAAAUAUAUUGUAAAUUUUAUUAAUUAUCCAUUUAGAAAAAGUCACGCUGAUUUGUUGAAAUAUAACAUCCAAAAUUAAAACAAAAAUAGUAGAGCUAACAUUUCUGUAAUCAUUGUUCAAAAAGUCUGAUUCAGUUUUUCUUAAACAGAAAAUAGAAGGUGAUAUUUCAAUAGCUGUUGGAAGAGUCAAAAUAGAGGACUGAACAGCCACAGUGUGGUCGAUUUAUUUUGAGGUGAAAAAAAUACAAGACAAAUCAUUUAACACCUUUUUUAGUUAAAAUACUGAGUGGUUAUUUGGGAAGACCUGAAAAUUGCUUCUUUGAGGCAGCAACACAUCUGAUCCUAUAUGCUGUAAAAUGUAUUACCUGUUCUGUGUAUUUCGUAUUUUGUCGUUCCUCUUAAGUUCUUUGACAACACUUUUAACGUACAUGCUCAAGCGAUAUGUGCAUGGUGAAAUCUUCCUUAUCUUCCUUAGGUAGAAGGACCUUUUCUUUUAAUAACAAAGAUUAUUUCUGUGAGAAACUUAUUUCAGGAAAAAGUCUUCUGUAGUCUCUGAGCACAGUUAAUUUUGUGCUGGUAAGGCAGAUGUGAGCUUUUUCACAAGGUGGCAGUCUUGUGCCAUCUUGUUCAGGCAACAAGCUGCUAACUGCAAUGCUAUUUGAAAUGAUAGCGUCAGGUUUUUUAGCCAGAGUAUCUUCUGAGAGUUAGAAAACUUCAAGUUCUGCCACGAGUGAUUGCAUGUUUUGGUAACUGGUUCAGCUAAAAUACCCCUGUAUUUAGUUUUAAACUUAUAUUUUGUUAUGUUUUAAAAGAAGCAUGAGUUUUGCUUAUGUUUUGAAAUGUGUCUUAUAUUUUGAGUAAAAUUGUUAUUUUUGUUAUUUGUGGAAUUUUCGUGUUUGGUGUAGAGAACGAAUGAAACUUCUAAGUUUACUCGUGAAAUAAUGUUAUUUUAAACAGUGUAGUUAGUUGCCUAGAAAGUUAAGCAGAUUUCCUUCUCUUGUUUUAUAAUUAAUUCCCACAGCAUUCUUAAUUUGUUCACGUAUUCCUUCUAUUCAUAGCUGUAUAAAAAGGAAAAAAGUAUUUGGAGGACAAAUCGAGGAAAUAAAGCAAGGUAAUUAAAGUUUUGAGACUGACACACAUGGUGAUUUUCUAAAACGUUCAGUUUUUUUUAGUUGGUUGAUGCACAGAUGAAAUACGAAUACUCAGAUGUCUGUGAGCCAUAUAGUAGUUGACACUGCAUUUAAAACAUAUCCUCUAGUUUUUGUGUAAUGAAAAGUGUAAAGCCAGAGAGUCCAUGGAAAUAAAUCCUUUCUGUAUAUUAGCAGUAUUAAUUUCUUUUUUUCUUGAAAAGCUUUGCUUUCCUUGCUUAUUAGUGUUAGUGUUUGCUUUUUAUUUAGUGACAUUUGUACGCCAGCUGAGACAUCAUUCUCUCUCGUAAACAGACAUCUUUCUUAAAAGCAAGCUGCACAUGGAUCCAGAAAAUUGGUUUAUUUCUAGCUCCUCAUUUUAGGAAAAAAGAGCCUCUCCAUGAGGCAGAAAUGUUCAGCUAGCUAGAGUUGUGUAGCUGAAAUGCUCCUGAUUUGUGAGUUUUUGUCACUGCGCUCUGUGCUCAAUCAUAGAACAUGCUGAGGACUUAAUGCUCUUCCCUGAGCUUACAGGAUAGUUGGGACAUCAGGAGCAGAAAGAAAAAAGGAAAAUAUUUUUGCAGGAAAUUGGUGCUGUAGCCAGUAUGCGUAGUGCUGCCAGGAGCAGAAGUGAAUGGGGUGCUUGCUGAGGUUUGGGGGCACUGCUGUAUUUAGCAGGGCACUGUGGUUUGGUAAAGUAUGUGGUGAUACAGAAGACUUGUCAUGUACGAGUGAAAAUGUCUUCUUCACGUGGAAGGAAGCUUUUUUCCUUACUAAAGUCAGUUUGAUCACUGUGAGAAUUUUCUUGUUUGAAACUUGGUAACUAAUUGGUUUAUCAAAAGAUGUUUCUUGUAUUUAGUUGUGGCUCUAUAAAUAAAACCUCUGUUGUUAUUGUUUUCAGCAGAUGUUGUGAGCUUAUCUGAAUUGCAACUAUAUGUCAUUUGUGGGUAGGGAUUGCUUUUGUUUCCACAUUUUCUUGCCCUGGUUCUAUUGUGUUUUUAUAAAGUAAAAAUUGUCAUACCUUAAAAAAAUAAACACUUAAAAGGC